UCAGAGAAGAAGGAGGACACGUGAAGAGCUAAAAUUUAGCAAGUGGCCAUUGCUCGUUUGUUAUUGCGAUAUUUGCUAGUUUUUUUUUCUUAGGCAUUACUGAAAUGAAGCUAUUAACGCAUAAUAUGUUGACAUCGCACGUGAAAGGUGUGACUAAAGGAUACCCUCUCUUGAUUAAGGCAACGGAAGUCAAAGUAAAUGAAGUGGAGUUCCAGCCUCAGUUUGUGAGCCGAAUGAUUCCGAAACUGGAGUGGAGUGCUUUGAUCCAAGCAGCCGAAGGGCUGGGAUACUUGCAAGACUUGCCCAACGCGCCCAUAUCAAACUAUGAGAAUAAUGAAGAGUUCUUACGGAAAGUGCACCGGGUUCUGCUGGAGGUGGAGGUAAUUGAAGGGUGUCUGCAAUGCCCUGAGUCUGGCAGACAAUUCCCCAUCUCUAAGGGAGUCCCUAACAUGCUCCUCAAUGAAGAUGAGUCAUAGACAACUUACCUACUCCUGUUUCUUUCAGUAACAAACAGAUACAGCAUCGCUGAUAUAUCGGAUUACAAAAGAGUAGGGUUGGACUUUGCCAGAAAAGCCAUCAGUAAUCCAAAUAGUAUUUGUCAUUUUUGCAUUUAAGCCUUUUAUUGCUAAUGUUCUGUUAACUGUUGUUUGUCUUUGAUUAUUAUUCUUUAUGAAUAUUUUUGAAAUAAACUGUAAAUGUUGCAAAAUUGCAUUUAAUAUUUGAUGAUUUGUUAAUCAGGUUUGUUACUGACAGUUGCAAAUAAUUUGAACAUUUGUAAUGAAUACGCUUGUAUUGAUAUCUUUAAGAAAAAUGCCUUCUCAGAAAAAUGAUUUUUGCCAAAUGCAAUAGAUUCAUUAGAUAAAAAUGUAGAUGGGGUACAGUUACAGCUUUAUAAUAACAUUCUAAAUCAUUCUAAAACAUUCUAAAUCAUUGUGUUUCGAGACAGAGGGAAAACUGUGCUCUAAAGGUGGAUUAUUUGUUUUUCUCGAGUGUAAUAAUCUGCCUUCGUUUACCAUCAAGGAGAGUUCACUAAUUCUUACUAAGUUGCAAACAGUCAUUUACACAUGGAAAGUAUCUUUGUAGAUGAAAUAUUUUUAAAAGGUUUGUGAGAAAUAAAUUUCAGUCUUAAGCAAAA